GCACUUUUGCUAGUUUCUUAACAACACCUAACAGAUCACAGGUGCUUGCUCCAAAGAAAAGGAGCAUCCAAACUUGAAACUCGCAACACCAAGGACUAAAGCCUGAAGGAGGCAAGGAGGUCUCAAGUCUCAACUAUUAACCUUAAAAAUCGAAGCAAAUAGACAUAGUGGGGAGAAGAGAUGGAAAUGUAUUCACUUGUAGUCUCAUACAAAAACUUGAUCUUACAAAUCUCUCUAUCAUUUUCACUCUCUCUCCUCCUUUACUUCAUCUCCUUUCCUUCCCUAUUUCUCAGAGGUCUCAACACUUACAUCCACCCAGAUGAUGUUAACCCCAGUAAACCUCAAUCAGGUCCAAAACUCGCCAUUAAAAGACCUUCUGAUCAAAAUUCCAAUCAAGGGCUUAAUGGGUUUCAAUCCCUUUCUUCUAAAACUUCAUCUGAGCUCAGAAACAGGAAGAAACCUAAGGACAAAUUCGAGUUUGAUGAGAGUAAAGCUCAGAUCUUUCGGUUGAAAUUAGGUGAUGCACAUAUUUCUUCUCGACUUUUUUUUGAUAGUUAUACUAGUUGUUUCAAUUGCUUUAUUAUUGCUUCUUCUUGCUUUUUGUUGCAUAAGUAUUUGAAUCUCAAUGUGAGUGUUGAUGAUGAUGAUGAUAAUUCUGGGGUUUUGAAAAGUGGGUGUUUAGUUCCAAUUGUAAUUGGGGUUUUAGGGUUUUUUAGGGUCUUGAUUUCACUUCUUCGUGUUUCCAUUGAAAGAUCUGCAUUUAAGAGGUCUGAAAGACAGUUGGGAUUGUUGGUUGGAGUUUUGGGAUUUUUUGUAGCUCUUCUAAUCUGCUUGGGAGUGUAUCCUUGGAUUCUUGACUUUGAAUUUAGCUCCAUUGAUGGUUUUGGGAUGUUAUUUGUGGCUCUGAUAUCGGGUUUUAUUGCUGGAUUCUUGUACUUGGCGGCGGGUAAGAAUGCUCGAGCCUUUUGGCUUGGAACAGAUCAAAUAAGGUGUAAUUUGUCUAUUAUUUCGUGUGGAUGGUUUGCUCAGAUCGUUUUCUAUGCGAAUCAUCUGUUAUUGGGAUUCACUUCUUUGCUUUGGAUCACCCCAUUUGCUGAAAUUCUAAUUAACAAAAACAUUGAAGGAUCAGAAGCUGUUGGGUUUGGUGGUAGGAAUAGGGAGAGAUUGGUUGGCAAUGUGGGUAUGGCGGAAGCCGAUUUUGUUAAGUUUAGGCUGUUGUGCUUGUUGCUUUCGGGGGUGUUGCAGGUUAUUGCACUGCGUUGGGUUUUGCAAACUUACUUGAAUGAGGCAGUGUUAUCGUGGUACCAGAGAUUGCAUGCGAGUAUGGUUCCUGACAUGGAGUACAGUAGGGCAAAGGUUUUCCUGCACAAUCACUACUUGUGCCUUGGGGUUAUACAAUUCAUUGCACCAGCAGCAUUGGUGCUUCUCUCAUUGGGAUUUUCUCAGGUCAAUCAUGGUUUAUUUGAGAACGUUCAAUUGCUCUGUGGUGUGCUUCCAUGUUCCGCAUUUGUUAAAGAAGUUGCCCUCUUCUUUGCUUGGUGGGUUUCCUUUAUAUGGUUUGUUUUCACCUCAGCAUAUCUAGCUUUAUAUAGGCGUGGGAUUUUGUAUAUCUCAUGAUGCUUUCCUUGAUUUGUCAAGGAUGGCAUAGAUUUUCUUGAAUCUUAUGACCAGUUUUGGUAGUAACCAUGUUGUCAUUGUAACAAUAUACACAAACACAAGUUGCUCUUACUAGUGAAGGCGGUUUUCGGAUUUCUUUA